UUGGUGAACGGUUGUGGGUCCGGAGGUCUGGUCACGUGCUUCGGGCGGAUUAAAGGGCCGCGGGCGGCUCGGGUCACCUGUACCGGGAGAUGGAGAGUCGCAUAAUCACCCCGGGGCCGUACCGGGCCACCAAACUGUGGAAUGAAAUCACCAAGUAUUUCCGCGCCGGGAUGCCCUUGAAGAAGCAUCGGCAGAACUUCAAGACCUACGGGAACUGCUUCUCGUCCGCCGACGCUAUAGACUGGCUGCACCACCUCCUCAAGAACAACAGUAACUUUGGCUCCGAGGUGACGAGGCAGCAGACGAUCCAACUCCUCAGGAAGUUCUUGAAGAAUCACGUCAUUGAGGACCUGAAGGGGAGAUGGGGCACCGAGGACCUGGAGGACAACCACCAGCUCUUCAGGUUUCCCUCCACGUCCCCAAUAAAGACCAUUCCCAGCCGUCAGCCUCUGUGGAAGAGGAGCAGCUUGGAGAACGUCUUCAAGGAGAAGGAGAAUCUCUUCAAAAUGCCUCAUUUCUCCAAGAGGACCCCUAAAAGACGCGGAUCUCUGGACGGCAAGGGUGAACAUGAAAAUGAAGCCGCUGAAGUAAUGGAGGUAGAGAAGGAAAGUGAUAACCCAGGAACGAAGGAGCUCACCAAGACGGAUGUGGAAGAUAUCUGGGGUAACAUCGCCCUGAUCCAUCUUCAGAAAAUCCUUGCUUUGCCGACAUUGGACGAAGUCCUGAAUCCUGCGCAGAUCAACCCCGGACAUAUCAUGUACAACAUGACGCACACCAGCAAACACGGAGUCGUCUUUCUGAAAGACAAGACCGAUGAUCUUCCUCACUGGGUCCUGUCUGCAAUGAAGUGCCUCGCAAACUGGCCAAAUAAUAACGACCUGAGCCAGCCCACCUAUCCUGGCUUUGAGCGCGACGUCUUCCGGACGGUCGCCGAUUACUUCUUAAAUCUCCCGCAGCCUCUCCUCACCUACGAGUAUUAUGAGCUGUUUGUUAAUAUCUUGGUUGUAUGUGGCUACAUUACGGUACCCCACAGGCGCAGCCGGAAGCACAAAGUAAAGAAAGAGGCGUCCGCUUCACGGUCCUCCCAGUCCGCGCAAUUAAGCAACACUCACUUUAAAUCUACGGAAUGCCUGCUCCUCAGCUUGGUGCGGAAAGUUCCCAACGAAGAGGAGGACGACGACGACCAGAGUUUCGGAGAGCUUGGCAGGGAGCACAAGGACAUUGCUUUGCACAACACCAACAGGGAGAAGCUAUACAACUCCCUUGCCAGACGCCCAAGGGAUGGCAAGGUGAUGGGUGGCAGCUGUCAGAACCUCGCCACCCGCAGGAAGGACUGCAAUGUCCCUAAAGUCCGGCUGCGCAGUUGCUCAAUGGAGGCCAUCGUGGAUGUGUCCUGUUCCGGAAGCGAUUCCCCGGAAGCUUGUUCUCCGGUCUCUCAGACUCUGUCCCCAGAUCUCCCUCCAUCCGAUGACCAUGUUGUGAACAAUGUAGCUGUGCCUGCUGCUGAAGGCAAUGCCCGUGCCCUGCAGCACCAUCACUCCGCAGCAGAGGGCGCUCACAGACCUGACUGCCGGGCACUGCCCAGAUCACAGAGCCUGGGGGACUGUCUCGGGUCGUGCACGAGUAUCAACACUCCAGUGGCUGAGAUUACCGUCAAACCCGGGCAAGCUGGCCAAGGUAGACUGCAGAAACGCUUGAGCUCUAUUGAGGGAAGCGAAGGGGAUGACCCGGGUAUCGCGGUCACCAAACGGUUGUGCCAGAGCAAUAUGGAGCUCGCCAGUUCUGUCCCCUCCAGCUCUUCUGCACUGCACGCUUCUCAGUCCUGCACUGGCACUCAAAGUUUGCUGCAGCCCCAUUUGGAGCGGGUGGCAGUAGACGCCCUCCAGCUCUGCUGUCUGCUUCUCCCACCUCCGAACCGCAGGAAGCUCCAGCUGCUGAUGAGGAUGAUCUCCCGCAUGAGCCAGAACGUGGAUAUGCCGCGCCUGCACGAUGCCAUGGGCACCCGGUCUCUGAUGAUCCAAACGUUCUCGCGCUGCGUCCUGUGCUGCGCUGAAGAGGUCGAUCUAGACGAGCUGCUGGCCACCAGACUGGUCUCCUUCCUCAUGGACCAUCACCAGGAGGUCCUCCAGGUGCCCUGUUACCUGCAGACGGCCGUACAGGAUCACAUCCAGUAUCUGCGCUCACACAUGAAGGACCUGGCUCCGGGCUUCUACUUCUGUAAGCAGAUCAGCACACGAGAGUUUGAAGAGCAGAAGGUGGUCACCUCACAAGCCGCCAUCAUGGAGCUUCUGGAGAGCAUCGUGAAGGAUAAGAAUCUAUCAGUGAAGGACAAGAAGAAGAAGCUCAAACAGUUUCAGAAAGAAUAUCCCGAGAUCUACCGCAGCCGUUUCCCGACAACCGAGAGCGAAGCCAAACUCUUCGGAGACAAACCUACCAUCAAGCAGCCGAUGUUGGUCCUGAAAAGGCCAAGGUUUCGCAACUUGAGAUACUGACUGGAGCAGCCGCCGUCGUAGGAACGCCUCCUCUUAUGCCUCUCGCUCUGUUUACAUGGA